AUGGCAUCUGACUCUAUUUCGUGGUCAAAGGCUGCUAUGGCAGAAGAAAAGACGGAGACUAGGAUUGAGACCACAAUCAGCGAUCUAUCUAAAGACGACCCACCCAAUGGAGGCUGGACAGCUUGGUCGCAGGUCGGUGCAGCACACAUGAUCACUUUCUUCAGCUGGGGUAUCAUCAAUUCUUUCGGCGUCUUCCAGAGCUAUUACCUACAGGUCCUGCCUCAACGAUCCUCUUCAAUAUCCUGGAUCGGCUCGAUCCAAGUCUUCCUCAUCUUCUUCAUUGGAGUAUUUUCAGGGUCAGCUUUUGACUCAGGAUGGCGUCUUGAUGUCCUUCUCGGAACGGGAUGCCUAUUGAAUUUACUGGGCAUCUUCAUGAUGAGCAUAUCAAAGACUUACAUACACUACAUUUUGUCACAAGGUAUCUGUUGUGGCAUCGGAUAUGGUCUGCUCUUCACUCCGGCCAUCUCGGUGGUCCGAACAUACUUUUCGAGUAGAAGAACUCUUGCACUUGGACUGGUACUUUCUGGAACUGCUACUGGUGGUAUAGUGAUCCCAGCGUUAUUGCGGGCUGCUAUACCACGUGUCGGCUUUGCAUGGUCUGUCAGGUGUGUGGGUUUUAUGUCCCUGACACUGUUGCCAGUUUCGUGCUAUACUCUUCGGCGCCGUCUGCAACCGACAAAUGGCGGAAGAGUGUUCUCCACGACUGUGCUGAAGGACUAUGAUUACGUUCUAUACACUGUGGCGAUGUUUUUCAAUCUACUUGGCCUUUUCUUCGCAUUCUUUUUCAUACCGCAAUUCGCAAAAAGUGUCCUUGGCUUUUCGUCUGAAAGCAGCGUUGACCUUUUGAUCAUCAUGAAUGGCAUGGGCAUGCCUGGACGCCUACUUCCCAUGUGGGCGGCGGAUAGAUUUUGGGGACCAUUGAUGAUUUCGAUACCUGUCAACAUUGUCUGCAGCAUCUUGGGUUUUGUUCUGCUAGCAACGCGAACCACAGCGAGUGCCUAUGUCUUCGCCGUUCUGUACGGCUUGUUCGGUGCUGCACUUAUCGGUCUCUUCCCAGCUUGUUUAUCUAGUUUCUCGAAAGACGUCGGCCAGACCGGAGCUCGAAUUGGCUGGGGUUUUAGCAUUGCAAGUCUAGCUGUACUGAUCGGGCCUCCGAUCUCAGGAGCUUUGAUUGACGAGGUUGAGCGGGACUACCGGCAAGCUCAAAUCUUCGCUGCUUGCUGUUUGACUAUUGGAAGUAUGACUAUGCUAGUCAUGAAACUUCUGCAGAUUAGGAAGACUGCGACAACGGAUACUGAUCCGACUCGGCAAAGAGAACGUUCAAUGCCCAAAUUGUUUUUGGAAGUUCUUAGUGGUCGACAGAGAUCGGGCGAAGUUUAA